CCAUGAAAUAGCCUCCUCUCUUCGAGGUCCUACUAUGUAGUACGCGAUGACCCUCGCAGAGCAGGGGGCAAGGCAGCAAGCACUUCUAAUUUGACGAACAACCCUUUUUUUUUUCUUGCAUCCAGUGGAAAAUCUGCCCUGGUUUUCUGUCAAACUAUAAUAAUGACCCGAAUCCUCAAACCCGAGUGCACAUGUGUCUGAAUCGUACGCAAGGACCCAUCUCCAACGGGCACGCCUGCAGGCGUCGAUCAUUCCACGCCCUGACAGAGAUUGAGUUCUCGUCUUGUAUACCACAGUACAGGCCUGGGUAGAUAUCUGUGCGUCGAUUUUAAUUACCGCAGACCAGACCGAUGCUACAACAAUGCACGUCAAGUUGCACGAAAUGAGACCACACACACCCACACGUCCUAUUCGCUUCCUCGACUAGCCACUUCCGGCACCCAGACUGGUAAGCCACUGUUACUAGUAGUCCUCCUCCCGGGCCAUGGUCCGACUUCUCCCCGGGCAUCGUCCCGCCGGCCAUCUCGUCCUCCCGGUGGCCGUCGGCUUCGUACUCGGUUCCUUGCUCAGUUUUAUGACCCUUACCCACCACUAUUCCACGUCGCCCAACUCGCCGUCUCGAUCCCACAGUCGCCCAGAUGCCGGCCAGGGAGCGUCAAUCCCGCCAAUCGUGCAUUUCGUCCAGCUCAAAAAGGACGAGUCCAGCGGCCUGCACUUCUCGUUCGAAUCAUUCCUCGCCCUGUACUCGGCCUACGUCUUCAUCCGGCCGGUCGUGAUAUACAUCCAUACAGACCACACCCCCGACGACAUCACCCACGCAGCUCAACAUGGCUCAUCCUGGACCAGGAAAGUCCUCACAGCCUUCCCGCGCGUCGUCCGCCUGAACAAAGUCACGGCCCGGACCAAGGCAAACGCCCUCGAAAUCAAGCGGGUCGAGCACAAGUCAGACUUUGUCCGCCUGGACCAGCUCACCCUCCACGGCGGCAUAUACCUGGACUGGGAUGUCCUCACGCUGAGGUCCGCCGACCCCCUCCUCGAGUCCGGCUUCAAGGCCGUCGUGGGCCGCCAGUCCGACGCCACCGUCAUGAACGGCAUUCUCCUCGCCGCCAAGGACUCGGCCGUCAUGCGCGUCAUGAGGCGGGAGACCCCGCGCAGGUUCACCGGGGAGUGGGUCGAGCACAGCGUCAACCUCAUCACCGAGGUCGCACAGGCCCUGGCCGCGGUGCCCCGGGAGGUGCUCAUCAUGGACCCCGGGGCGUUUGCGCCGUUUACCUGGACGCAGGAGAGCGUCAACAUGGCGCUGGAAAGGCAUGAGGGCGACGCCGCUGCCCCCCGGGGGCUGGACCCCUUGGCGGACAGGGCAACGUUGACCGAGGCGGAUCCAAUGGCGGUCUGGGAGAGGCACCAGGUGAGCCAGAAGAAGUGGUGGGCUCAUGAUUUCAGCGAUGCCUUCUUCUUGCACAAUUACUUCAACGACGUGGAGAGUCCGAAGGGUUACAAUGGCGUUAGUGUGCCGUACGUGCUGGCGCGAGACAGCAAUUAUGCGCUUGCAGCUUGGCCGAUUGUCGCGCAGGGGAUCAGGGACGGAUACAUCGACGAGCACGACACCUCGGUCUAGGAGCAUCAGGCACCGUGUUUCUCAAGCGCUGUUAUUUCACUGUGAUGGGCUUGGCCUACCCGUCCUGCCAACAACUAGUAUGUUCAAAUGUGCAAUUUUCCGCCCAGUGACCUGUCCAAGUUUGUUCGUUCCAGACUUCAAUCUUUGAGACGGCGCUCACGAAUUGCCGGUACGGCAAAAGAGGCUCAAAAUUCCCGCGAGAAGUUGUUGAUUCGAAGCUAUGGAAGCCUAAGGAAUAGUAGGGAGGAAGCAGCAGAGCUGCAAUCCGAAACAUUUGAAGGCAUGGAGGCUACUUGGGCUGGCUGACUAGCUGCACGGACGCACCGGCUGGAUAGUUGCAACCUUGUAAAUCUCGUCAGAAUGUACAUGGUGUCCCGAAUGGGAGCCGACUGACUCACGAGGGUGUUCUCCAAAGCAAAGAGCAGGAUGGUGGACAUAAGAGAGGCACUGGCAUCAAUGGUACACCAAGGCCGCCCACUGCCAGUGAUAAGUUAAUGUCAGCGAAAGUUAAUGGUA